CUCAAAGCUUUUUGUGGAGAGCAACAUUUUUAACCAGUGUUGGCAGAGAGAAUGGGAUCGUUAGACGAAGAGACAUUACUGAGAGGCCAAGUAGAAGUAUGGCAGCUCAUGUUUGGCUUCGCAGAAUCUAUGUCAUUGAAGUGUGCGAUAGAGCUAGGCAUAGCAGACAUUAUAAAUUCUCUUGGCGGUCCAGUGACUUUGAACCAGAUAGCUUCAGGUUCUUUACAAUUUCCACUCGUUGACAUUCCCUACCUUGCUCGAAUCAUGAGAUUUCUGGUCCGCAAACGAGUCUUCACACAACACAAUCCAUCUGAUGGAGGAGAGACUCUCUAUUGGGUAUUGCAUGAUUGGGGAGAUGAAUAUUGUGUAAAGAUACUUAAAAAUUCUCGGAAAGCAAUGCCUGAGAAGACAGGAAAGCUGAUUUUAGUGGAGAUUGUUCUGCAACCAGAAGGAAAUGACCAAUUUCGUGAUAUGGGAAUGGUGUCUGAUCUAGUGAUGUUUGCACACAGCACAGGUGGAAAAGAGAGUACUGAACUUGAAUGGAAGAAAUUAUUAGAGGAAGGGGGGUUUCCUCGCUACAAAAUCAUCAAUAUUCCUGCUUUACCAUCAAUUAUUGAGACCUAUCUACAGAUCACAAAUGGAAUUGCUUCAUCGAUGAAACUCUCAUUGAUAAUUUUUGGACUGUCAUUGGUAUUGCAUGAUUGGGGAGACGAAUGUUGUGUAAAGAUAUUAAAAAACUGUCGGAAAGCAAUGCCCGAGAAGACAGGAAAGCUGAUUUUAGUGGAGAUUGUUCUGCAACCAGAAGGAAAUGGCCAAUUUGGUGAUAUGGGAAUGGUAUCUGAUCUAGUGAUGUUUGCACACGGCACAGGUGGAAAAGAGAGGACUGAACUUGAAUGGAAGAAAUUAUUAGAGGAAGGAGGGUUUCCUCGCUACAAAAUCAUCAAUAUUCCUGCUUUACCGUCAAUUAUUGAGGCCUGCCUGCAGUAAUAUGAAUUUGAUUACUAUAGUCA